UCCAGCUUUCGCUGUAGUUGAGGAGAGGGACGGGGUCUACUGCUAUUUGACAGUGGCGUUCUUGGAAAGGCGUGCCCUUUUUGUCAGACCCGAAAACUCAUCGCAAUCAUGCAGCUAGCAUUUUGAUCAUCACGGCCCCCCCGAGAGCCGUGAGAACCCACGUUCACCGCCCUCGCCACGAACUUCAGGCAAACGGGACAUCUGGAGAGCUUUUACGCACAGAGGUGAGCGCAGCGGCAGCACGCUGCAUGCAACACGAAUGCACAGACGUGCAUAUAAACUUAUGCCUGACUGAAAAAUACUUUAUCUAGAAUUAUUUAAUGAAGUUAUAGCAUUUUCUUCUCGCAUCCGCUCCUCUCGUUUGAUGUGGUACGGCCAAACAACCUGACUGUAGGACAAUUUAACAGACCGAUCUCUAAUCACUAGCCAUGGAAAAUAAUCUGAGUAAUUUAAGCGUGCUGAACUGGGAGCAGGUGAAGCGUCUGGAUGUCAUCCUCACCGAAUCCAUCCCCAUUCACGGCAAAUGGAACUUCCCCACUUUGGAGAUGAAACCUCGGGAUAUCGUCAAAGUCGUGCGAUAUCGCAUGGAAGAGCGCAAGAUCCACGUCCGGGAGGUUCGAUUGAACGGUUCUGCGGCCAGUCACGUUCUCCACGAGGACAGCGGUUUGGGCUACAAGGACCUGGACCUCAUAUUUUGCGCGGAUCUGAAAGGAGAAAUGGAGUUUCAGACCGUCAAGGAUAUCGUUCUCGACUCCCUCCUGGAUUUUCUGCCUGAAGGAGUGAAUAAAGAGAAAAUCACCCCGGUUACAUUAAAGGAGGCUUAUGUGCAGAAGAUGGUGAAAGUAUGUAAUGAUUCAGACCGUUGGAGUCUAAUCUCCCUCUCUAACAACAGCGGGAAGAAUGUCGAACUGAAGUUUGUGGAUUCCUUGCGGCGUCAGUUUGAGUUCAGCGUUGACUCUUUUCAGAUCCGUCUGGACUCCCUCCUCCUCUUCUAUGAGUGCUCUGAGAACCCCAUGGCUGAGACGUUCCACCCUUCCAUCGUGGGAGAGAGCGUGUACGGAGACUUCAACGUAGCCUUGGACCACCUGCAACGUAAACUGAUCUGCACGCGAAAUCCAGAGGAGAUCCGCGGUGGUGGCUUGCUGAAGUACUGCCACCUGUUGGUGCGAGGUUUUCGUGCGGCUUCGGAAGCUGAGAUGAAGCUUCUCGAACGCUACAUGUGCUCCCGGUUCUUCAUCGACUUCUCAGAUGUGGCAGAACAAAGGCGCAAGCUAGAGUCGUAUCUGCAGAAUCACUUUGUGGGACUAGAGGACCGCAAGUAUGAGUACCUGACCACCCUGUACAGUGUCGUCAAUGAAAGUACAGUAUGCCUGAUGGGACACGAAAGGCGGCAGACUUUGAGCCUCAUCACCAUGUUGGCAGUACGUGUUCUGGCAGAGCAAAACGUAAUUCCCAACGUGGCUAACGUCACUUGCUAUUACCAGCCUGCACCGUACAUUGCCGACGGGAACUUCAACAAUUAUUACAUUGCUCAGGUUCAGCCAGUCUAUGCCUGCCAGCCCACCCACACAUUCUCACCAUGGUUGCCCUGCAACUGACCGAAUGUUAACUCAAAUAUUUCUAGGAAUGUCUAAUUAGAGCACUUGCCCAGUGAAACCAGUUGACAAGUCUGUAUUUGUGUGCUCAACAAUGUGAGGAAAACCCAAGACGUUCCCGAUUGGCUGUUGCCAGCUUGUUGCAAGAAGCUACGAGCAUGUCGGAUUUGAGGAAGGGAGGCAGAGUGAGGUAACUUGGAGUUGUUCCCAUCAAGCAGCACGUUCUACCUACGCUUUUCAUGGCUACGUGCCAGGCCUACAGAAGCACAACACUGGCUGAGAGGAAACACAAUGGAAACCCUACGAAGAGCAUUUGAGUAAUACAGACACAAAAGAGACUAUCUUUGUGUUUGUGUACAUAUCUGUGUGAUAGACAUACUUGAAGAAUCAAGGAUAUCCUGCAUAUUGUAUUGAAAGGGCAGAUAGAUUAGCAAAAAUUACUUUUUAAUGCUCAUUACUCAUGUUAUCAUACUGAAAUCAAUGGACACUUUUUUCAAGCCAAGGAUAUUCUCAUAGAUACCCAUAUUAUCAAUUAAGUGCCUUAAAGUGAAAAAUUAAAGUUGCUCUGUGAAUUACCCUAAAGUAUGUUAGUAAAGGCAUAUUUUUGGAGUCACAUAUGAGUGUGGGUUGUGUACCAUAGCAGAUGAAUGACAAAUUUUAAAGGCCACUUGAUCGUGAACUUCCAACUAAUAGUUGUAAGACCUAUUUCUUAUAAUGUAUUAAUUUGGGGGUCUAUAUGAAAGUGUUGCAUAAGAACCAGAGGCACUGGCAAGAUUUGUAUAUCUGUGUCUAAGAUUGUACAUAUGAGUUUUUCACAGCUUUUUGUCUCAUCUAAACUGACCUCAAUGUACUGUUGGCUCAGUGCUUGCUAAGAUCAGAUUAAAAUGUCCAGGGCAAUGCCAUUACAUCUAAGGCAGAGAAGCAAAAUAGGUUGAGGCUGAACAGGAAGAGAAUUAAUGAAAGUUGUUUAAGUCCAAAUUGUUGUUGUUACAUCCAGGUUACAUGGCGCCUUUCUGAAGGUCUAAUUAUCACACGGCCACCAAAUCCAGAGAUUAUACCUUUGACACAUAUGACCUGCAUAACCUGGGGGAUUAAGACCAGCAGAGAGACAGCAGUGAGAAGCAGAAGCUCAUUUAAGGCAAGCAGAACAUAUACCAAAGAUAUUCUUGAUAUUCUUCAAGAUUGUGAUGCAACAAUACUUGAUGUAAAAACAUCUCCAUGAUGUUGGAACUUAAUGCAACACAAUCCCCCACUUGUAUUAUUCCAUAAAAUCUGAAUCUGAGUGCUCUGACAUGUGUUAAGGCCCUGUCCCCAGUACACCCAAGUCCACACUUUGGCAACCCAAUGCUGCAUAGACUGUCUAGCAGUAGUCCUAAGGUGGGGCCCUCAGGAGUGCCCUUCAGAAUCAAAAAAUGAGAUACCCUACGGUUACAUACAUGCAAUUGCUGUAUGUUAAGGCCCUGUUCCAAAUGCUGCCCUAAGCCACUGCAGUCCUCAGCCAACUUUGGUGAUGCAGUGCUGCAUAGAUUGUCCAGUAGUAGUCCAAAGAUGUGAAAUGGGCAGAAAGGAAGCAUCAGGGGCACUCAGGAGCACCCUUCAGAGUCAAAAAAAUGGGACACCCUACGGUUACAUACAUGCAAUUGCUGUAUGUAAAGGCCCUGUCUCAAAUGCUCCCCUUAGCCAUUGCAGUCCUCAGCCAACUUUUGUGAUGCAAUACUGCAUAGAUUGUCCAGCAGUAAUCCAAGGAUGCAAAAUGGAUAGAAAGGAAGCAUCAGGGGCACUCAGGACCACCCUUCAGAAUUAAAAAUAUGGGACACUCUACGGUUACAUAUAUGCAAUUGCUGUAUGUUUGGGCCCUGUCCCAAAUGCUCCCCUAAGGUACUGCAGUCCUCAGCCAACUUUGGUGAUGCAAUACUGCAUAGACUGUCCGGUAGUAGUCCAAAGAUGCAGAAUAGGCAGAAAGGAAGCAUCAGGGGCACUCAGGAGCACCCUUCAGAGUCAAAAAAAAUGGGACACCCUACAGUUACAAACAUGCAAUUGCUGUUUGUUGGGGCCCUGUCUCAUAUCUCUUCCUUAAAGUCAUUGCAGUCCUCAUCCAACUUUGGUAAUGCAAUGCUGCAUAGAUUGUCCGGUACUUGUCCAAAGAUGCAGAAUGGGCAGAAAGGAAGCAUUAGGGGCACUCAGGAGCACCCUUCAGAAUCAAAAAAUGGGAUACCCUACGGUUACAUUCAUGCAAUUGCAGUAUGUUAAGGGCCUGUCCCAUAUGCUCCCCUUAGCCCUUGCAGUCCUCAGCCAAGUCUACACUUUGCUGAUGCAAUGUUGCUUAAAUUGUCCAGUAGAAGUCCAAAGAUGCUGAAUGGGCAGAAGGGAAGCAUUAGGGGCACUCAGCAGCACCCUUCAGAAACAUAAAAAAGGGAUAACCUACUGUCACAUGCAUGCAAUGACCAUAUGUUAAGGCCCUGUCCCAAAUGCGCCCCCAAACCCUCAGCCUAGUCUGCACUUUGGUGAUGCAAUGCUGCGUAGACUGUGCAGUAGUAGUCCAAAGGUGCAUAGUCCAAGGGGACCGAAAAAUGGACACUCUAUGGUCACAUGCAUGCAAGGUUGUCACAAAUCUGCAGGACUGCAAUUUGGGACAGGGCCUGAGAAUGUCAAAUAUACUUAUGCUUAAAUUUACUAUAACUGAUUAUACAGAGAUGGACACUUUCCUCCCAUACACUCACUCGCAUGUAAUCAUAUCUCUUAUUUUUCUACUGAUUCAUCUAUUUUUGUACAUUGUGAUGUUUGUGCUAAGGUCCUGGUUAGGACCGUACUCUAAUGCUGUGAAAAGUACUGUUGUGUUUUAUGAGUCGAAAGACCCGACCAAGCAUUAGUGCAGCAAAUUCUCAACAAACGUUGGUGUAAAUUUUCGUUUUGAGUCAUUACAUUUGGGAGCCCACACAAGUGUGAAUGUCUCAGCCUAUGUGUGUUUUAUCUACUAAAUUAAAGUUGUAUGUGAAUUCAGAUGGGAAAUUCUGAGCUCACUACUGUUGAUGUUGCAAUGCAUCAUGUAUUUGCAAGCAUGAAUGACUCAUUAAAUGGUGAUUUUAAUUA